AUGCGUAGGGAAAAGGGUAGUCCUACCUCUAGCCCUAGAAAUUCGGGCAUACAGUUCAUUCUUGCAAACAGUCUGGAGAUAAAAGGCGCAGGUUUUGCGAAAAGUGUUGGUAACACCGGUCACCAGUCUUCGGAACUCCGUUGCCCGGUCUUCCAGAGACAACGUGAGAUUCACAAGAUUAUGGCUCACAGAGAUCUUUCUUUUCGCGAUGCAGCCAGUCUGUACGAUGAGGGGAAUACACUCUCUGGUUUGAACUCUCAUUUGUCUAAUGUGUCGGUUCCCCUACCCACGCUCGUUCUCAACAACGGCAGUAACACUUGGGCCUCCGCGGACCUCUCUAGGUCCUCCGCAAUAGACCUCACCAUUGUCUCUGAUGUUCUUGCACCUCUCUGCACAUGGGCUGUGUGCGAGUUUCAUUAUGGUAGUGAUCAUUUCCCUGUAAUAACCACGGUCUCCGACAAGUUUUCUGGUCGCAUUCCCUGUCGACCAUACUACUCGGUGAAACAGCCUAGAGACGAGGGCAAUAAAAACUGCCUUGACCUAGAAGGCUUCCGUAAAGCCUUCGAUAAAGUUGCCCUGGUGGUCCAACCUCCCUCGGGGAGUUUCAACCUACCUGGGCCCUUAAAUCCUCUAAACUCCAACAUCAACAACGAUUAUCUAGAUAGUCAGAUUUCACACACGGAAUACUUCUCCGUAAUAAAGUCACUUAAGCAGACUUACCCGCCCUCAUGGAGAGACUAUUUCGUCAUCUUCAUCCCAAAGCCGGGACGCAAGGGCGCCUAUAACCCGAUAUCUUUGGCUAGCAAUCUUCUUAAAAUUGUUGAAAAGGUUAUGUGUCGUCGACUAGAGUGGUGGGUCGAAAAUAACAACGUCCUCUCCCCACACCAGUUUGGGUUCAGACGUGGACUCUCGUGCACCGACAACUUGGCCACGCUAGUUUCUAGCAUUAAGAUUGCUAAUAAUUCUCGUCAAGUAACCGGGGCUGUGUUCCUGGACAUCGAAGGAGCCUUUGACAACGUCGUACCUGACACGCUAGUGGCUAUGCUACCCCCCCUUGGAAUCACACCCAAAAUGUUGGCUUUCCUGACCUCGGUGGUGGGUCCCAGGAGGCUGCAAAGGUCGAGUCUUGCCUGCCUGAGGGAGCUAUGCCCUUGUGUGCCCCACGCUGACGAUGUGGUAGUGUUCUACUCUAACCCCUCUGUGUCUAGUGUAGCCCGGAAACUGAAUACGGCCCUGGACCAAAUUCAGUCACACUUAACGUCUCUCGGCCUACAAGUUUCUCCAAGUAAAUCCGUCGCCACCUUCUACUCCCUCUGUCCCCUAAGAAAUAUGAAGUGGCUUUUAGGAAAAAAGGGGGUUAGUAUCUGCAUGGGUGGGGUCAAGUUGAACGUGGAGUGGUCGAUAAGGUUCUUGGGGGUCCACAUAGAUUACUCCCUCUCGUGGAAAAAACACGUCGCGGAAACAAGAAGGAAGUUUCUCCUUCGUAUCAACAUCCUCAAAGCAUUGGCGGGAAUUAGGUGGGGGUCUCACUCUUCCGUCCUGCUGACUGCGUACAAAGGUCUGGUGCGUUCCGUCUUGGAGUGGGGCUGUCAGGUCAUGUUUCCGCGUGGAACACGAGAAGGCGUUGUUCUGGAUCGCUUACAGUAUGCUUGCGCUAGGGUCGUUUGUGGCCUUAUGCGCACAACUCCAACUAAUGUGUUGCUAGACGUCAUCGGGGAACAACCGUUGCGGUGCCGACACAAGUAUCUGGUUAGUAAAUACGUGUGCAGGGUCUAUGCUAGGUCUAGUCACCCUCUCGGACAAAUCCUAGAAGACUCCUGUAGGACGUGGGAACCCGUGUGCCCAGCUAGUGAGUUCGGCCUCUUUUCCGUGUACCAAAAACUUCAGUGUCAUCUUAAAGAAAUUAGAAGGUUUGCGCUUCCGGGAAGCCUUGCCCUACCGUUUCAUGCCGGGUACUUUAAGUGCGAGGUGGACAUUGACACUAAACUACUUGUACGCCAGGCGGAUGACCCUCAGUACUGUUUUAGCAACUUCCUCAAAAGUCGGGACUUCUCUAGGGUGUUCUUCACUGACGGCUCCCGAGCUCCGGGCUCGGACGGAACGUCACCCGCAGUAGGUUUCGCCGUGGUUUCAAAGGAUCCGGAGCUUAUCCACUAUGAACGCGUUAGCAAUAACUCCACCAUCUUCGACGCUGAAGCCCAGGGCGUUAUCUGCGCCCUGGAGUACUUACAAGAUUUUAGGUUCGCAAAGGCCGUUGUGGCCUCUGACUCGUUGAGCGUGAUCUCCUGUUCGGGGUCAACUGAUCCCAAAGGAGUGCACUCCCCUCUCGUGUACCGCAUAAAGGAAUUAGUAAUGAGGUUGAGGGACACAGAAGUGUCUGUGGUGUUGAUGUGGGUUCCUGGACACAGCAAUGUUAGAGGCAAUGAAAUGGCCGAUAGGUACGCUAAACGCGCUCUAACCCUCCCUGAACCACAUUCGGAGGGUGGGCUGGACGUCUCCUCGCUGUUCCCCACACUUCGGCGAGAGGCGCUUGACAUGGCAAAGAGACAACUACAGGAAGAGGCAACCAGCAAGGAAACUGCGUAUUUCCAGAAAAAACCUGUACCGCUGGGUAAACCCUGGUUUGUCAAAGUAAAGAAAAAGAAGGUCCUACCCCGCCCGUUAAUCACACUCGUGUCUAGAAUACGUUCACAUCACACUGCUGUCAACCUACACUUGAAACGGAAAGGCAUUGUGGCCUCCUCGGAGUGCCCGUGUGGCCACCCUGUACAAGAUGUAAACCACGUCUUCUUCCAGUGUCCUAUGUACAAGGACCACUCUGAUAAAUUAGUAAUCGAUUUGUACCAUAACGGUUUCAGCCCUCCCUACAGUGUAGAGGAGGUGGCCUUUUCCAAGUGUUUUCGCUCAAUAGAAGUUCCGGACAGUGGAAAAGAAAAACCAAACAGCAGGACUAUCAGCACCGGCAGACGACAAGAAGAUCAGAAUCAACCCCGAGGAAGCUUCUACAAUCUCUCUGGUUAG